AUGUUUACAGUUCCUGAAGUUGAUGAUGACAUUGAAGUUUCGUCUUCAUCGGAUGUUACCGCAAAACCACUAACACCAACAGAACCACCAACAGAACCACCAAUAGAAUCACCAUCUACACCAUCCGAGCUCGUUUCGUCAACAGAAAAAGAAGAAGAACAUGUUUCAAUUGAAAUACAAGUUCUACCUGCAACAACAGAAAAAGAUUCAACAGCAACAACAUCACAAGCACCUAAACAACAUGUUUCUCGUUUAACUCAUUUUCAUCGAAGUACAACUAAUGGAAACGAUCAAAAUAAUGAUCGUGUGUAA